GGAUAUGAUAUAAAAGUACUAGUCGCUUUGAAUUAAUUUUAAAAAAGAAAAUAGCAAUUCAAAAGAAGGUAAUUAAAGCUAAAGAAUUUUUAGAUAAAGGACUUUAUUAGUGACUUCCUGCCAGGCUGCAGGCGCCGGAGCGACUCCUCAGCGUUUGCGCCGGCGGCUGCCGCGUAUCUCUCAGCUCCCCCUUCCUUUGAACCCCAGGCCCGGCGGCGCCCGCCUCUUCUGUGGCCACUCGGCCUCUUCUCUCCCUCUGUCCCUUCCUCCGCCUCCUUCUUCCUUCCUCCUUCCUUUCUUCGCCGCCGCGGCACAGGACCGCCGGCCGGGGGACGAGCUCGGGGCAGCAACCAGAAAGCAUAACCCCUACUGUAGAGCUAAAUGCACUGUGCAUGAAACUUGGAAAAAAACCAAUGUAUAAGCCUGUUGACCCUUACUCCCGGAUGCAGUCCACCUAUAACUACAACAUGCGAGGAGGUGCUUAACCCCCAAGGUACUUAUACCCAUUUCCAGUACCACCUUUACUUUACCAGGUUGAACUUUCUGUGGGAGGACAGCAAUUCAAUGGGAAAGGAAAGAUGAGACAGGCUGCGAAGCAGGAUGCUGCUGCUAAAGCGCUGAGGAUCCUGCAGAAUGAACCCCCGCCCGAGAGGCUGGAGGUGAAUGGAAGAGAAUCAGAAGAAGAAAAUCUCAGUAAAUCUGAAAUAGGUCAAGUGUUUGAGAUUGCACUUAAACGGAACUUGACUGUGAAUUUUGGGGUGGCCCGGGAGAGUGGCCCACCCCACAUGAAGAACUUUGUGACCAAGGUUUCAGUUGGGGAGUUUGUGGGGGAAGGUGAAGGGAAAAGCAAGAAGAUUUCAAAGAAAAACGCGGCGAUAGCUGUUCUUGAGGAGCUGAAGAAGUUACCGCCCCUGCCAGCAGUUGAGCGAGUGAAGCCUAGAAUCAAAAAGAAAACAAAACCCAUAGCAAAACCACAGACAGGCCCAGAAUAUGGCCAGGGGAUAAAUCCUAUUAACAGACUGGCCCAGAUCCAGCAGGCAAAGAAGGAGAAGGAGCCGGAGUACAUGCUCCUCACGGAGUGAGGCCUCCCACGCCUCAGGGAGUUCGUGAUGCAGGUGAAGGUUGGAAACCACACUGCAGAAGGAUCAGGCACUAAUAAGGUGGCCAAACGCAAUGCAGCUGAGAACAUGAUGGAGAUUCUUGGUUUCAAAGUCUCGCAGGCGCAGCCCACCAAACCAGCACUUAAGUCAGAGGAGAAGACACCAGUAAAGAAACCAGGGGAUGGAAGAAAAGUAACAUUUUUUGAACCUAGCUCUGGGGAUGAAAAUGGAACUAGUAAUAAAGAGGAUGAGUUUAGGAUGCCUUAUCUCAGCCAUCAGCUGCCUGCUGGAAUUCUUCCCAUGGAGCCUGAGGUCGCCCAGGCUGUAGGAGUCAGUCAAGGACAUCACACCAAAGAUUUCACCAGGGUAGCGCCAAAUCCUGCAAAGGCUACGGUAACUGCCAUGAUAGCUCGAGAGUUGUUGUAUGGGGGCACUUCGCCCACAGUCGAGACCAUUUUAAAGAAUAACAUCUCUUCAGGCCACAUACCCCAUGGACCUCUAACAAGACCCUCUGAGCAACUGGAUUAUCUCUCCAGAGUCCAGGGAUUCCAGGUUGAAUACAAAGACUUCCCCCAAAACAACAAGAACGAAUUUGUAUCUCUUACCAAUUGCUCCUCUCAGCCGCUUCUGAUCAGCUACGGUAUUGGCAAGGAUGUGGAGUCCUGCCAUCAUAUGGCUGCUCUCAACAUGUUAAAGUUGCUGUCUGAGCUGGACCAACAUAGUACAGAGAUGCCAAUAACAGGAAACGGACCAGUGUCUGUGUGUGGGAGGUGCUGAACCUUUUCUUGCCAGGAACCCUUAUAAGAUCCCAACAUACAUACUGAAAAUACUGAAACUGCUUUGAAAAUUUGGAAUUUCUGAUACCUCCAGUGGGCCAAGAGACAGUGGGUAAAGAAUGAGGGCAGCGGUGUGGUGAAGAUGGAGACAUUAAGGAGGGGGCCACGGCUGGGCUGGACCGUGCUGGGUUUAUUGUGAUGGCCGCUUUGUGAACAAGUGGUUCCCACACAGAA